AAGAAAAUGGCUGUAUUGUUUGUUAAUUAGUGAAGAACAUGAAUUGAGUAGGCCUCUUGCUGCAUGCUGAUAGGAGUUUCCAUGGUAAAAAACCUUUCCGAUCUUCAUACUAGAAGACCAUGCAAUCAUCUUGGAUAAGGGAGGCCUCAAAAGCUUGCUGUCUCGGUUGUUGUCCGAAUUGUUUUCCUGUUUUUCCCAAAUCUCAGGCUGCAACUUCAGGGAUUCCAAGCACCGCAGCGGUGACAUUACGGUACGAGUUCGAGGUUAGCACGGUUUCUUCUCUGUACCCACAUUUCAAAUUCACGAAUCACGAAUCACUUCCUUCGUUCGAGGAAUCACUUUCUUAUUUCAACAAAGUGUACCCUCAAUACUCCCAGACGGACGAGGCUGACAAAAUCCGAGCUCUAGAAUACCAUCAUCUUUCCAUCUCCAACUAUGUUUGCCUUGACUAUGUUGGCCAUUGCCUGUUCUCAUAUUCUCAGCUUGAAAAUCAAUGUCCAGGGUCUCCUGUUACUUCUUCAUCACCUCCAUUGCACUCACUUACCUUAGAAUCUGUGUUUUUUAACAUUUCCCACAUGUCGGUAAACUUAAAUUCUCAGCUAAAAUAUGGUAGUGAAGAGUCAGAAUUUCAAUGUCAUAUCAGGAAAAGGAUCAUGGCAUUCAUGAACAUCUCAGAAACUGAUUACAACAUGGUUUUCACUGCAAAUCAUUCCGCUGCUUUCAAGCUAAUUGCAGAGUUUUAUCCAUUUCUAUCCAGUCGAAAUCUUUUGACAGUUUACGACCAUCAAAGCGAGGCCGUGGAGGUGAUGAUCGAGAGCUCGAAGAAGAGAGGAGCCAAUGUCAUGUCGGCUAGUUUCUCGUGGCCUAAUCUACAAAUAUAUACGGAAAAUUUGAGAAAGAAGAUGGUUAGUAAAAGCAAGCGCAAGAAGAAAGGACUUUUCGUUUUUCCACUCCAAUCAAGGGUAACAGGGUCGAGAUAUUCAUAUUUAUGGAUGAGCCUGGCUCGGGAGAAUAGGUGGCAUGUGUUGCUUGAUGCGUCUGCAUUGGGAGCUAAAGACAUGGACACCUUGGGGCUUUCUCUCUUUAAUCCUGACUUUCUAAUUUGCUCAUUCUUCAAGGUUUUCGGAGAAAAUCCAUCUGGAUUCUGUUGCUUGUUUGUCAAGAAAUCCAGUGCUUUGGUUCUGAAGGACUCAGCCACCAGCACGAAUGUGGGGAUAGUGAAUCUUGUCCCGGCACCAUGGCCAACUCGAGUCCUCGAAAAGCCGGCUAUAAUUUCCGGCUCCAAAACCGAACCAGUGGAUGAAUUUCCAGUUCAAGCUUCAUUCUCGGGCCCCUUAUCUGAAACCGGUGGUGAAGUACAUAAUCCUGAAGGAACCAAAGCAAAGAAAAAGACAGUAUCGUUUUCUGAAAUUGAAGAAGUGAUAGAUGCAUCCUUUGAAUCUGGUAGCACCAGCACUACCCAUCAUAUCAAAAACCGGAAACCCGAAUGCAGAAGCUUGGAUCAUGCAGAUUCAUUAGGCAUGAUGAAAAUCAAGAUCAGGACAAGGAACCUGAUCAACUGGUUGGUGAAUGCACUGAUGAGCCUUCAACAUCCACAUUCAGAAACUGGAGUUUCUGCUGUUAGAAUCUACGGGCCAAAAGUAGACUUCGACCGAGGGCCCGCCGUUGCAUUUAACGUGUUCGAUUGGAAAGGAGAGAAGAUCGAUCCUGCAUUGGUGCAGAAGCUGGCUGAUAGAAACAACAUUUCUUUAAGCGUUGGGAUUUUGCAGCACAUUUGGUUCUCGGAUAAGCAUGAAGAAGAGAAGGUGAAGGCAUCGGAGACGGUGCAGAGCAAGAAAAGCGAUGAGCUUGAUCGUGGGGUGUCUGUCGUCACUGCUGCGGUUGGGUUCUUGACGAAUUUCGGAGACGUUUAUAAGGUUUGGACAUUUGUUUCCAGGUUCCUGGAUGCUGAUUUUUUGGAGAAAGAGACCCGGAGAUACAAAGCUAUUAAUCAGGAAACAGUUGAAAUUUAGAGACUCCAAUCAUCAGUUAAUGAAUGCGAACAAAAAGAUUGAAGUUUAUCAUCAACCUGAAAAGAUCGACAUAAAAGCAAAGACAAUAC